AUGGCUCAUACAAAGAGCCUGGAAGCUUUUUAUUCCCUCUUGGAUCAAUACAAGCAAACCGCAUUCCCUAAUUUAAUUGACCAAGAAACGAGCCCAGCAGCCACAUUUGAUCUGUUUGAUACAGUUGAUCACAUCAAGCAUAUACCAGACCAACAAGUCAUUGAUGUGAUUGUCAGUGGAUGCAAGAGUUUAGGCCACCAACAUGCCUUGUCUCGCGCAUUUUGCCAGUUCUUAUACAAGCAGCUAUCGAAACAAAUACGGAUGACUAGUUUUCGGCCUUCGCAAUUCGACGUUUGCCUCAAGUACCUAAUGGACGGCGUGGACAGUGUAGAGGACGAUAAAGAGCAUAGAGUGGAUCUGCUGAGAGCUCUGAGUGCGCUGAUAUUUGAGAAUGCCAACAACACACAGCGAUUUGCCGCUCGACUGUCAAAAACCUUGCUCGCACUGGGGAAUCGUUCAUCCAAGCCGUUGGAAGUGCGUCGUAUGGCCAUCAACUGUAUCGGCAACGCCUGUGCGGGUGCUGCAGGCACUAAAUUACAGCCCUUAUUUCAAGAUUUCUACGCUUGCUUGUUGGGCAACGUAUGUGCGGUAGAUCGCACAACACAGGGCACCAUCAUGGUUGCUUCCACUACGCUCGAUUUUGCAGAUACAGCUGUCAGAAAAGUAGCGAGCUCCACUCUACGAUCACUCCAGUUUUUGCUAUCCCAAGAUAAAUCGCUAGUGACGAAUCCGCUGUGCGAUAUCAUUGAAAUCAUCUACACGUUUAUUUUUUUGCAUGUCAAUGUACAAUCUUACGGUGUGGGGCAACCGUUGAACAUGACACCCAAUAGACGAAACAGACUAUCCCAGCCCUUGACACCAAUCACUGCCAGCACUUCACAUAGACCUCUUCAAAUGUCGUGGAGAACGCCAUUGCAUAGAUCAUCCUCUCUUGUUACUAGCUCAGAAUCAGAAUUAUCGGAUUCUGCUAGUCUGACUGAAUUAUCGCCACGAAGACAGAGAGAUAAUGCCAAGAUCAGAAUCAAUGCGCUUUUGUGCUUGUCUGCUAUUGCUCAUACGACACCAAAAGCAUUGUACCCCCAUUGGCAAAAAUUCCUACCAGACACCUUUUCCAUCUUUCUAGACAAUAAUGCCUUCAACGGUGAAUUACCACCUUUGCUCAAAUCAGAUAAUCAGCCCUAUUCCUUGUUUACUAUAUUACUGUACGAUCCCAUGGUGACAGUAAGAACAGCUGUUUGCAAUACACUUGUGUCCAUACUAGAUGGGUCCAAGCAAUAUCUAAGCAUAGCGCAGGAAAGUGAUAAGAACAAGUCAUCUUUUACAUCCUUAUCCGAAAAUCUCGGUUCCAUCAUUCGGGAUGUUCAUCAGGGGUUGAUUUAUGCACUGGGGAAAGAGCAAUCAAGCCAAGUCUUGACACUGAUGAUGCAUGCAGCAACCGUGCUGGUCGAGAACUGUUCUUAUGAGAGACUCUCAAAGUCGCAUUUACCGAGAAUCUACCAUGCCAUUGCAGAUCAUUGGAAAGAACAGAGCUUACAUGGACCCAUUUUAAAAGUGAUCUCCUCGGUAUUCAGCAUUUACCAAGACAACUUGAGGGAAUUGGUCCAAACAGAUGUGAUUGAUCAGAUCAUAUUGAAGGCUGUCAGCAAUGUGAAAGAAGACGAAGAAGCGCAAAUCGAAGUAUGGCGAACAUGCUCUACACUGACAAAGUGCUAUUUCAAGGAUGCCAUGCCCAUGUUGUGGCAAAAGCUGAUUGAAACAACAUCCAAUCUACCCAUUUCAGCUGCGAGCUUAAAAUUCAUAGAAUCGUAUGCCAGUGCUAUCCAUGAGUCUGGCGAAUUCACGCAACAAAAUGUGUCUUGGUGGCAGACAGUCAUUGAAAACUACCUGCAGAAAGCGGCUACAAACGAGGAUGUGCCCUCUGUGCGUGCUGCUGCUUGUGAUUGCUUUGCCAGUAUGUCUAGGGAUAUUUUUGAAACCUUCCAUUAUCGAUAUCAACGACUGGCAGUAACAUUGAUAUUCUCACUUGCAUCCGAUGCAGAUGCAAAUGUGAGGGCAGCGGCAUGCCGAGCAUUGGGCGUGUUUGUAUUGUUUCCGUCGUUGAGAGAAGACCCCCUGUUUUUCUCGGACAUGCUGAAGGUUAUUUUAUUGCAAAAGGACGACAAGACCAUUCUCGUGAGGGUGCGUGCGAGUUGGGCGAUUGCUAAUUUAUGCGACGCACUUGUGCUCGAAAGCGGUACCAACGUAGAAUUCAAUUUGAGAGAGUACAUGUCGACAACAGAAUGGAUCCAAGUGCUGGAAGUCUCUACCCAUGGAUCUCUGGAUAACGAAAAAUUACGAUCGAAUGCCGUGCGAGCCAUUGGAAGUUUAUUGCGCAUUACACCCAAAGAAUACUAUGAAAACACACGAAUCAUGUCUCUCGUCAAGAAUGCCAUGCAAGGAUUGGAAAAGAACAUUGAGACGGGAUCACUGAAGAUCCGAUGGAAUGCCUGCCAUGCCACCAGCAACAUGCUACUGAACCCUUACUUUCCUAUCGGCUUUAUACCCAAAGAAGGCGGCGUCUAUCCAUGGACACACACUUUGUAUCAAGCGUUGAUCCACUCGUUACUCCAGUGCAAGAACUUCAAAGUCAGAAUCAAUGCAUGUUUGGCUUUAACAACACCCAAGCAGCAAGAUCAGUACGGAGACAAGCUGACGUUGAUUGUGAAGAGCAUUUUGGAGGCAUGGGACGUGUGUCAGAAGAAUACAGAGUACAAAGAGAUCAAGUAUAAGCAGCAGUUGGAGCAACAGAUCAAACAUUCACUGAAAUGCAUUCAGGAUUGGCUGCCAGUGCAGUUCAAAGACAAAGUCUCUCGCAUCCUACUGGACACAUGUGAUAGUUAG